CAACUGUAGCUUUAAAGAAUCUGAGAAGCCAUGGAUUCCCACUCUCUUCCUCACGUUUCCAAUGAGCAAUUCCACCGCCAUAGCUCUCUAUACAGGUUCUGCUGCCACCACCGCCACCGCCGCCGCAGAUUCUAAAUAUAGAACUCUGAAGCGCUGCCAGUGCAUUCACCCAGACUGCCAUGGUUUGCUCCCCGGACUCCCCGAGGAAAUAGCGCAGCUCUGCCUGUCUCUAGUUCCGGCUUCCACUCUAUUCGCCGUCUGCCAUUCAUGGCGCCGCCUCAUCUACUCGCCGGAGUUUCCGCCAUUUCUGUCGAUCUACGCUCUCUUCCUUCCGGGGGAAACUCUACCAGAUCUCUCGAAUUCGAUCCAAUUCUCGUCCUUCGAUCCAAUUUCUCAUAAAUGGGAACCGCUUCCGAAUCCGCCGUCGGAUCCUCCUCUCUGCCUCCUCUACCGACAUCCUUCCUUCAUAUCGCGCAAGUUGCCGAUCCAAUCGGUGACAGUUUCCGGUAAUCUCGUUCUGCUUGCAGCCACCGCCGAUCAGUUCAUCCCCGCCCUAUCCAGACCGUUGAUUUUCAAUUCUCUAUUGCAGAAGUGGACCUACGGUCCAGAUUUCUCCGCGCCGCGCCGAUGGUGCGCCGCCGGCGCUUCCGGCGGAGCACUGUACAUAGCGAGCGGAAUCGGCUCUCAGUACGACAACGACGUCGCAAGGUCGGUUGAAAAGUGGAACCCUAACAACAACACUGCUCAAUCUCACCACCGGAAAUGGCGAUGGGAGAAAAAAGCGAGGCUAAGAGAUGCGAAAUUCAGCCGCGAAGCGAUCGAGGCGGUCGGAUGGAAGGGGAAACUGUGUAUGGUGAACGUGAAAGGCGACGCCGCCAAGGAAGGAGCAAUCUACGACGUCGAGCGCGACGUGUGGGAGGAUAUGCCGGAGGGUAUGCUGGCCGGUUGGAGAGGUCCGGCGGCGGCGAUGGAGGAGGAUACAAUAUACGUGGUGGACGAAUCCAGAGGCUCGCUGAAGAAAUACGAUCACGUGAGGGACACGUGGGUGGAAGUAUUGGAGAACGAGAUACUUAAAGGUGCGCAGCAGGCUGCGGCCGGCGGCGGAAGACUGUGCGUAUUGUGUGCCGACGGCGUCCAUAUCGCGGUGGUGGAUGUGGCGGCGGAAGAUCCUCCGGCGAGGUUGUGGACGGUGGAAUCGCCGCCGGGGGUUCAGGCGGUGGGGAUUCACAUACUCCCCAGAUUAAGCCGCCCCAAAUUUUAAUUAAUUAAUUUACUCUCAUUUCCGGUUACUAUAUAUAAAUAUUUUUAUAUUUCGUAAAAGUACAAUUUUGUUUCAUCACUAUUCUUUAUUUGAUAUAUAUUUGCGUGUG